AUGGGGCCGGGGCGCUUUGCCACGUUGGACACUGGCACACUUACAAAGCGAAGCGAACUAGCCGAAAUGAGACGCGGUGGAAGGGGCAACAUUGGCCAAGGCUACAAGUUGAGCUACUGUGGCAAGGCCAACAGUAAAGGCGUGACCAUUGCCGUAACCUACGCCUCACAAAGCGGUUGUGACGAUGUAGAAAAGGAACAAAUCUGGACUGAACUACAAGAUCACAUUGAAGCGUCGCCGAGGCGAAGCAAUCCUCCUUUGUGGCGACCUGUAUGGUCACGUUGGUGGCGCUCAGAAUGGUUACUACUGCCGUGGCAACAACAGAUACGGAUACGAAACGAAAACGGACGGCUGUGUAAGUCACCUAGUUACAAAUGCAAUCGUGGGCAGAAAAGUCAAGCAGACUUCGCGUUGGUCUGCAGGCGAGAUCUUUGUUCCAUCAGUGAUGCAAUGGUCAUCCCGUCAGACUGCCUUCUACCACAACACAAA